ACAUAUUCCAAAUGCGGGGCAAAAUCUCACCAAGGUGCGAAUCUGAAUGGGGUGGGUGCAAAUUUCGCGCUCAGCCUCCUAGACUUGCUCAUUCGUGACAAUCCCUUUGUUGCUUUCAUGCUUUCAGCUGCUUGCUUCCAUCUCGCGCCUAUUAUCUGUCCCGCGCCUAGUAUUGGCCCGUCUCGGUUAGAAGCCGCCGCUUCACGUACGCGUUUCUUCUGGCAUUAGGUCGCAAUGAAGUCGCCGCUUCACAUACGCGAUAGAAGCCGCGCCGUGGCAGACAAAGUUGCCAGCUGGGACGUGGUGACGAAAGCCGUGGACCGCGCUUUCCUGGAACUUGCGGAGCUGGACGGCAAGAAGGACGAGGAGGGGCGGCCAGUGAUCAACGUGCCGGAGCUGUACACAGGCGUGCUGCUGGUGUACAACUAUGUGAACCGCUACUCUCCUGGGAGCUAUCUCAGUCCACCAAAGAAGAAGGACGUUCUCAAGCUGGUCAAGAAGUUUGACCUCAACAACGAUGGAGUCUUGGAUCGGGAAGAGUUUGGUCGGUUCCUCCGGCACUUCGUGAAGCAUCUCCUGAGAAACAUCGUCAUCAACAUCCUUGUCAUGGUCACUGUUAUCCCGUUCCUGUGCUACCUCACUUGCAAGGCCGUGGGUAGGUUCAUCCCUGAAUCCCUCUUGGCCACCAUUUUUACUUCAGUGUUCAAAAUGUCAGGCAUAUGGAACAGGACAGGUGUUUGACAACUAUGGCCUGGUUUUGGGUUCAAUCAUUCUGAAUUUCUGACUUCAACGCGUUGGGAUAGGAGGAAGUGAACUGAUCCAGUUUGACUUCCAAUGUGUAUACUACUUCUCUGUACAAAGAACUGAUAGCCUUGUUAUUUGGGU